UCGAAAAAUAUAUCUUUGUAUUUUGUAAUUCUUUUAAAUAAUAAAUAAUGGCUCUUAACGAAACUAAAAUGCCUGAAGCAGCUGUUCUGCUGAACAUCAGUGAGAUGAUUGACCUCGCGAUCGGCACUCCUGAGAUUGGAGUGGUGGACUUUGGUAUGCUUCAAACGGUUUUACACUGCCUCGCACAACAGCUACGAGUGCUUGGCAAGAAUGUUGAGCUGCGCGGAAGUGUUGCAGCUCUGCCCGUUGGACGAGAGAACCAGCAAACCAUAGCAGUUAGCGAGUACAUCAUUGACACAGAAGAAAAUGCUCCCGCAAAAAGGGAGGAGUUGUUGCAAUCGUAUGGUUCUAAAACCGAACAAGAAACGAUAUUAGUAGUGGAAAGACGGAGGAGAUCAGAGUCGCCAGUUGAACGACAGAGGAGAGUUGAAUCGCCAGGAUUGACCACAAGUCCUACGCGUACGAGAUCGCCUUCACUGCCACCGCCUUCUCAGAGGUUGACUUCUACCGAGAAAUUGUCUCUGGUUACGAUCAGCAAGUUCAACAUCCUCGAAAACACGGUCGAAGAUCUGAGGAGUCGUGUCUAUGGAAGCAUGCCAAAAAAUCAAGAAAUUCUCGAGGAAGUCAGAUCGCAAACUAACUUGAAAGCCAUAACUGAUAUGUGGACUUCCCUGAACGUUUCUUCUCGACUUGAGGCAGCUGAAACGGGUGUUGCCAAGUUAAGCUCGCUUGUACAAGAUCUUAUUUCGGACACAUCUGCUUUACAGGAUGCAGUGAGCCGUCGACCUUCCGCUGUGAUAUCUGCUGUAGGGCCUCCAACUGCGCCUCCAGCGCACCCUGAACCUCUGGCUGGAGGUCAAUCUGGUUCGCCAGCAACUACAGAAGAGUUAGCAGCCAUAAAUUCUACUUUGAGCCGUCUACGUGGCGAUUUGGAUAAUUUAACUAACUCAUACUAUACAGCUUUAGCGGACUUACAGGCUGGACUAGGUUCUAUGCCACCGCCGACGCCUCCACCAUCUUCUGAUGGACCGGGCCCACCAGAAGCUCCUCGAGCACCACCGGAAAGCAGAAAGUCCGAAUAUCCCAACCAAGAACAGAUAGAGAGGAUAAAUGACCUGGAAAAACGUCUCAAGGAAUGCUGUGAAAGUAUUGGCAAAAAUGACGGUGUUAUACAUGACCAGAUCACCUCCUUCCAAGAUCAACUGGAGUACUUAAUGACACAGGUUAAUGGUUUAACGCAGGAAUUUUCCAUGGGAAAACUAUCUCCUGACCUCAUAAAGGAUUUACAGGGUUUGAUGAAACUAUUCCAAACCGUACAAGAGAUGCAAGAACAACUCAAACAAGUGCAUGAAACAGCUCUCCAGUUGGCAGCCGAAAAAGAAGAUAGACAAUAUCAUAUGAAUGCACUACUUGAACAAAUAGAACUGUUAAAGACAAUAAAACUAGACCGCGAAGACAUGGUUGAAGCAAUGGCUGAAAAAGCUGACCUGCGUAUGCUUGCGCGUAAGGUAUCACACGAUCAAUUUGAACUGGCCUGCGACGACUUGUCACGAGGGCUAGAACAUGCAAUUGGAAAACUCAAUGUUCAGGAAGCAUUAUGGCAACAAGCCCUCGACGAUAUUCAAAGAGAAAUCGAAAUGAAGCUGGAUAAGAUGGAGUUGUCCCCCAUGAAAGAUUUCUUCAACAGCAAACUGAAGCAACUGCAGGACAAUCUCAAGCAAAUGGCGGCGAUGCGGCUUGAAGUUGAGGCAGCUGGAACUAAACGUCGUUUACUUAGGGAUGUCAAUUGCAUAUCAUGUGAUGCUAAGGCGGUUAUGCCGAUGGAUGCGGCACCCUCAAUGCCAGGCUCGAGACCUAUGCCGGCCAACCUCUCCAUGAAGCCCUACCUUAGUUACGAACUAGAUACGAUACGCAAGGCGCAGACGGCGAACGUGACUCAACGGAAUAUGCAUGACUGGGAGAACAUCGACAAGCAAAUGGCCCAACAAAAGCAACCGCAAAGAACCAGGUCAGACACGGGUAAACACAUUUGCAACCGCUACUGUGGCGGUUCGCACACGGUUACCACUCCAGCACAACGCGUGGCCCGCCUCGGACACUUCAUUAAGCAGUGGGGGCCGGACGUUGUGCCACUAUCGUCAGGUCUGGCGGCGGGUGACGAUGGCAAGAUGUAUAAAGUGAGCACAACUGAAGGCGCUAACGUAGGUCCAGGUGGGGCAGUGGAUACUAUUUGUACUCCGAAAUUAAUUAAAAAAAGCGCUGUAAUUCAACAAAAAUCUAUACCAAUGGAGGCGGAGUGUCGCUGUUUAGGAGAUCGUGUAGCAAAAUGAUCUAUGUAACAAUAGCCAUUGCACUGAAAGACUGAAAUCAUUGACUUUUUUUAAUCACCUUUUUAAAUAUUGAAAUAAAAUGAAAUGCUUUGUUGAAUUC